AAAGCAACUCAAAAGCAUCUCUUUCCCCUCUCCCUAUUGCCCUCUUAAAACCCCACAACCAAUUCCAAACCAUCAGCUCGCUUCCCAAAAAGCAACUGCAAUAUUCCCUAUUUCAAUUCUUUCUCAAUCCCAUCUUUACAAGUAACGCUCAUCAAAUACCUCAAGCAACCCAACUCCAUCUCAUGGAAGGCGAACUAUGUGAGCCAUAUGCAAAAGAAUAUGAUGGCAGAAGAAUUGCUUCCUCUUCUUCUUCAUCUUGUCCACCCUCCACCACCAGCGUUCACGUCACCGCCCUCGACGGCCUUGUCAAUGUAAACUCACUUUUCACCAUUGCAGUCUUCGUCGGUCUAUCCUUGACCACGCCCAACCAGCACAGCCUCGAGAACCGCGCUGUCUGCGACGCCGGGAUCGACGUGGCCAGGCGGCUGCUGGUGUUUGAGGUUGUGUCCUUCAGCUUCUUCCUCUUCUCCUCCUUGAUUGCUCAGGGCUUGAAGCUCGCCAUCAAUCUCCUCAACAGCAAGGAUGUGGACGACGCCUUUAGGGCUCAUAUCAAUCUCAAAGUCCUGAGGUUUGGGAUGUUGGGGUCCGCCGUGGGAUCCGUGCUCGGGUGCUUGUUCUUGAUGCUCUCGAUGGUGAAUGUGAUCGAGAUUCGGCUCGGAUUGCUGAGCUGCGGAAGCAGAUCUGCGGUUCACGCGGUGGCGGCUCUCCUCGUACUGGUUUCUAGUGCUCUGGUUGUUUACAUUUCCACCGCUGUCUAUGCCUUUAUGCACUGAUGCAUUGCAUACAACUCUCACCAGCUUUUGCUUGAUGAUUAUCCAUAAUUGCAUUAUUACUUUGUUUGCAAAAUGAAUAGCAUUAAACUCAUAAUUUUAUUCACCAUAUGUAUGUAUAUCAACUACUCUUUCUAGUUCAAUUUUCCGGGAAAACAUAAUGUGUGAUGUUUGGAUGUGUGUUA